AUGCUGCUGCACGUCUUGCUCAAAGGCAAGGGGGGCAAGGGCGCGGGUGGAGCUGGAGGGGGCGGUGGCGGUGGCGGCGGUGGCGGCGGAGGGAGUGGGGGUGGCGGCGGGACUAGUGGCGGGGGUGGUGGUGGUGGUGGCAGCAGCGGCGGAGACGGUGGUGGUGGUGCCAGCGGUGGUGGUGGAGGCAGCGGCGGAGGUGGAGGCGGCGGAGGUGGAGGCGGUGGAGGCGGCAGCGGAGGCGGCGGUGGUGGUGGAGGAGGUGGAGCUGGUCGAGGUGGUACCCAGCAGCGUAGCGGCGGUGGUGGUGGCCAGCGCUCGCAAUGGCAGCAGCAGCAGCGCUCGCGGGACAUCCCUCCGCCUCAGUAG